GCACCUUGUAUCAGUAAUGGUUUACCUAAACCAACCAAUGUCACUUUCUCAUCUGUAAACAUGAAGAAUGUUCUACAGUGGAAUUCACCAGAGAGUCUAAGAGGAGCUGAAGUUGUUUACACUGUGCAGUAUCUAAUAUAUGGCCAAAAGAGAUGGCUGAAUAAAUCAGAAUGCAGAAACAUAAACAGGACCUCUUGUGACCUCUCCCAUGAGACUUAUGACCAUGAAGAACAAUACUAUGGGAGAGUUAAGGCCAUCUGGGGAAAACAUUGUUCCAAAUGGGCAGAGACAGAACGAUUUAAUCCUUGGUUAGAAACACAAAUUGGCCCCCCGGAGGUUGCUUUGACUCCUGGUGAGAAAUCAAUUUCAGUUGUUCUGACAGCCCCUCAGAAGUGGAAGAGGAAUGCAGAAGAUACUUCUAUAUCCAUGCACCAAAUCUACCCCAAUUUGAAAUAUAAUGUAUCAAUCUACAAUACCAAAACAAGCAAAAAGUGGUACAAAUUUGUAAUAAAUUACACCUUGGAGCUUUCCCUGUUGGAGUCGGAGACACUCUAUUGUAUCAGUGUGCAAGUCUAUGUCCCAGGACCACUUCGAAAGACUAAGCCUUCAGAAAAGCAAUGCAUCACUACCUUAAAAGAUAAAACUUCAGAGUUGAAAGUAAGAAUCAUCCUUUUUUAUGUUUUGCCCAUUUUUGUUACAGCCUUUAUUUUUUCAGUAAUAGGCUACUCCACAUACAGAUAUGUACAUAUUGGCAAGGAAAAACAACCAACCAAUUUGGUAUUGAUUUAUGGAACUGGAUUUGACCAAAGACUUUUUGCACCUGCUGAAAAAAUAGUAGUUAACUUUAUUACCCUCAGUAUUGUAGAAGAUUCUAAAACUUCCUCAAAGGAUCUGAGUUUAAUGGAAAAAGUCAGUGACAUUUCUGACUUGAGCAUUGCAGAGAAUAUGGAGGAUAAGAGCCAUCAAGAGGAACUAGAAGUGAAGCACUUGGGUUAUGCUUCAAAGGCAAUGGGCAUUUUUUGUGACAAUAAUGAAACUUUACACUGCCUUUCUCCAGUUCAACACAGAUUACUUUGUACUGCAAGAACAAAGAAUGAACCAAUCAUAGAAUAUGAAUUUGAUGUGAGACCUAGUGACAUUGGUACAGAAUAUCAGGAUCAGGAGAUUAAUUUACAAGAAGGAAUAGCCUUUCAGGGCAAAUUAAUGCUUGAAUCAAAGACUAUGUUAGCAAAUUUUGACCAGGAGGCAUACAAUCCACAGCAAAGAAAUCUUCAACAGGAAACGCAGGAAGACACAGAGACAAAGAAGAAACAAGAGGAAGAAGAAUCAAGGACAUUAGUAGACUGGGAUCCCAAAACAGGGAGACUACAUAUACCAUCUCUAUCUGAUUGUGAACAUAUGGUAGAUGAGAAAGGAGGACAUUCUGAAUGUGAUGAGUAUCUGGAUGAGGGGCUUUUGUCAAAACUUUAUGAUACAGAAGUGCCCAACAAAUCCCCUCCAAGAAAUGAAACCUAUCUUGUGCAAUUCAUGGAGGAAUGGGGACUACACAUACAAAUGGAAGAUUAGCUUUAGAAACUUAGUUUAUUUGUUUUGUUGACAUUUUUUCAAGGUAUAUACCUACAAACAGAUGAAUUCAACUACACUAAAAUCACUUGAAAAAAGAUGAGUUUUUAUAAACAGAUUUAAAAAUUUUAAUAUUUUCUUUCCCCGAUUAUAUAUAAAAACAAUUUUAACCUUUUUUUCUUUUUCUUUCUUUUUUUUCUAUUUUUUACAAUUUUGAAUUCCAAUUUUUCUCCCAUCCUACCUCACUGAUAAGGCAAGCAAUUUGUUAAAGGUUAUGUAUAUGUAGUCUUGCAAAUAUAUUUUAUUCAUUUGGUAUUAAUGUUUGCUAAAAUGCCCAAUUCAUGGAGGCACCAAUUCUUUGAGUACCUAUCUGAUGCAUGGGUCAUAAGGAUCAUCCUAAAGUUCUUUGUAUCAUUAAUGAAGUUAUUUAAUAACAAUAUCAAUAAUAAUCCAUGUCUCCAUCUCAUUGAAAGGGCUCCUUUUGUUACAGGAGCCUUUGCUCUGAGGUAGAUUUUGUUGUAGAAGUAUUACUGUCCUCAAUUUCAAAUUGAAUUUAGAGAAUGGAUUCUAGGAGAGAUUUCUAAACUAUAUCCACCAAUCAGUGACAGAUGAAUUGUAGGAAACAUUCUCAUCUCACUGUCUCAAUGUUCUAUCAUGAACAGCUCAAAUUUUCCUUCUGGCUGUGUAAACAGGUCACCUCCAUUCAACAUUUGUAAUUAGGACCAUAAAAUUUUCAUUAACAGUCUAACACUGACUUUUGAAUCUUUCAGACAUCACAUUGAAUUGGACAUUUAGUUAUAAGAAUAAUACCUUCUACUUGGAUAGCCCCUCACAAUUUGUAAAAAUAUUUUAUAUGCCUUUAUCUCAAUUCAUUCCUGGAAUAUAAAGAAGUUCAUGAAAUUCUAUUAUUCUUUCCAAGUCAGAAUAUUUUAGAUAGUUAAUAAAUACUAUACUUUUGUUGCAAUUCAUCAACUCCAGUGUGCAAAAUAAGAUCAAAUCCUGUGCUAAAUAUUAUCAUAUUUAUUUCUGAAGUUGUGUUUGGGAAAACCAUUUGCUGCUAAACUGCUCUGGGAGUUGAGCUGUAAUGUUACAGUUGUGAUAUUAAGUGCUUGAGUUAUACUGUGAUCACUCCAGAAAACAUCAACUCUUUGAGGGAGGAAGAGAAAAUCUGUCUUGGUUUUUAUUUUGGUAUCCUCAGCAUCUACCCAAUGACUUGCACAUAGUAAAUGUUUAAUACAUGCUUGCUGAAAUGAAGUAUACAUUACUUUUUGCAAAUAAAUCACAUAUUGAGCAAAAUUAACAUAA